UGAGGUAUUUAAGCGCUGGAGCAGGACAGCACAGGCAAGCUCUGAACUCCCCGAGAGUGAAGGGAGGUGAGCGGGAAGGAGCAGAAAGCAGAACCCAGGGAAGAGGAGGACGAGGAGGACAGAACAGAGCGCUACACUUUUGCUUCGCUGUUCUUUCGGGGAGGCUUUUCUCCCGGGCAGCCCAACGCUUACUGACAGACGCACUAACUUACUGACACGCACACGCACACUCUCCUGGAGCGGACCAACCUGUGGACCCAGAAGACCACCCUUUUUUGGAUUCCUACCCGACCCUAACUUCUUCACCCCUUGCCCCUAGACCACCACCACCGCCACCACCCACCCCAAGCCCCCUUAACCCUAACUACUUUAGCACGGCUCCCCAUCGCUUCGCCUUGUUGUGCGAGGGCAGACUUGGAGCCAUGGUGCGUGGGGCCUCUCUCAAGGGCGCCCUGGGCUGCACCCUGCUGGCUCUCAUCCUAGGGAGCAGCAGCAGCAUGGAUUUGGGGGGUCCGCCCGCGGGCUUCUUCCCUCGCUUCAACCCCUUCUUCUUCCUGUGCACCCACCACGGGGAGCUGGAGGGCGCCGGACUAGCCGAGGGCGGGGCGGAGGUGCUCCUCACCUUCCAAGUGACCGGCAACCCCACCGCCUACACCCCCGGACAGGAGUACCAAGUGACCAUCUCGACCAGCACCGUGUUCGAUGGCCUGCUGGUGACCGGGCUCUACACCUCCACACCAGUGCAGUCGGCUCCCAUCCCUGCCCCUGCGGCCUUUGGCUUCACCGGUGUGAUGCCCGAGCGCCUGUUCAGCGGGACCCAGUUUGUGUGCAGCGUGGUGGCGUCCCACGUCAGCCACCAGCCCUCCAGCAGCUUCAGCUUCAUCUGGAUCGCCCCCCCACCCGGCACCGGCUGUGUCAACUUCCUGGCGACUGCUACACACCGAGGACAGAUCAUCUUCAAGGACGCUCUGGCCCAGCAGCUCUGCGAGCAGGGAGCCCCAACAGAGUCCCCAAUAAGACCAAGUCUCUCUGGCGUCGACGGGAACCACGCGGUGCUGCGGGACGACUUUGACUCCAACCUGGACGGAGAGCUUGACACCAGCAUCUGGACCGGCUGCAGCAGCUGUGAAGUGGGCGAGCACUGCGGGGUGCUCAUGCACGGCCGAGCGGUGACCUUCUGCGAGCCCUUCGGAGAACGAGAGCUGAGCACUGUUCUCCUCAACACAACCACUGCCUCAGUGCUGCAGUUUGCCCUGGGCUCUGGCUCCUGCCGUUUCAGCUUCUCGGACCCCAACAUCGUGGUGUCCUACAGCCUCAGCGGCAGCAGGAAUGACACAGAUGAGUGGAUCACCCUGGAGACCAUCAGUUCACCCACCAACAGCAGCACCAUGGUGCACCUAGUGCCCCUCCCCCACCGUUGCCGGGCCGACGGCGUGCGUCUCCGCUGGACCCAGGGGGCUCCGCGGGGGGGCGAGGGCUACGAGUCCUGCUGGGGGCUGGACAACGUGCUUUUGGUCAACGCCGCCCACCGCCCCCCUCUGCUGGAGGACAACCUGGACCCCCCCGACACGGCCAACUGGCUCUUCUUCCCCGGAGCCACCGUCAAGCACUCCUGUCAGUCAGAGGGCAACGCCCUGUAUUUCCAUGGAGGCGAGGGGGUGGGCCACACCUUUGCGUCCACCAGAGACAUCGACCUGCACCGCGAGGAGGGGCGGAGCUACUGGGAGGAAGACUUUGAGAGCGCACCCUCAAACUGGGACAUCGAGGGGGCGAGCUACGGCACCCACUGUGGCGAGAUCGAGUCGGGCUCGGCGAUGGUGUUCGACCAGGAGGGACGGAGGAGGGUCUGCACGCCGUACCUGGACACCACCGCCUACGGAAACCUCCGCUUCCACUUCACCAUGGGCGGAGGGGAAUGUGAUCCGGGGGAGUCCCAUGAGAACAACGUGGUCCUGUUUGGACGGUCUGAGGGGAGGAGGGAACGAGUGGUGCUGGACACCCUGCCAUACUCCUCCUACAGGACCCCCGGGUUGGUCUCGGUGGGGCUGCCCACAGAGCUCCAGACCCCCGUCACCCAGUUCUGCCUGGAGCAGCGGACCCACGGGGGCCUCCACCGCCACGUGUGGGCGCUGGACUUCAUGCAGCUGCUGCCGGUGCUGCCCGGCACCAACACCCACGUGGCGCAGUUCUCCAUCAACCUGGGCUGCGGCUCCUACCAGCCCGCCAACAGUGUCAGCCUAGAGUUCUCCACCAACCACGGCCGGUCCUGGUCCCUGCUCCACACAGAGUGUCUGCCAGAGCUGUGCGCCGGGCCGCACCUGCCCCACAGCACCGUGUACUCCUCAGAUAACUACAGCGGCUGGACCCGUAUCUCCAUCCCGCUGCCUAACGCUGCUCUGACGGAGAGCUCUCAGUUCCGCUGGAGACAGUCUGGCCUGGGGCUGGGCAGCAUGUGGGCCAUAGACAACGUGUAUAUCGGCCCAGCAUGUCUCCGGUUCUGCUCUGGAAGAGGACACUGCUCCCGCACAGGCUGCAAAUGUGACCCCGGGUUCAGCGGCCCGGCGUGUGAGCUGGCCUCCCAGACCUUCCCGGCCUUCCUGUCGGAGGGCUUCUCCAGUCCGCGCCUCUCCUCCUACCACAGCUUCUCCUCCCUGAGGGGGGCGGAGGUCAGCUUCGGCUGCGGGGUGCUGGCCAGCGGCAAGGCCCUGGUCUUCAACCGGGACAGCCGGAGACACCUGGUUACCUCCCCCCUGGACAGCUCCCAGGCCAGAUACCUGCAGUUCACCCUGCGGCUGGGCAGUCGCAGCACCCUGAGCUCGUGUCCCGCCCCGGACCAGCCGGGGGAGGGGGUACUGCUGCACUUCUCCUCCGACAACGGCAUCACCUGGACCCUCCUUCAGCACUACGCCUACAAGGGCUUCCAUGAGCCCAGAAUCGUGUCGGUGGAGCUACCCGCGGGGGCCCGUAAGUUUGGGGUGCAGUUCCGCUGGUGGCAGCCGUACCACUCGGGGCGCGGCGUGGACGUGUGGGCGCUGGACGAGAUCAGCAUGACCUCGGUGCUGUUCAACACCAUCAGCCUGGACUUCAGCAACGUGCUGGACGUCACCCAGAGCCUGGGCUUCUACCUGGGCCACGUGCAGCCCUACUGCCAGCACGACUGGACGCUCAGUUUCUCUGGCGAGCCCAGCCCGGGCUCCAGCCUGCGCUACGUGGAGACCCAGUCCAUGCAGAUCGGAGCGUCCUACAGCCUGCAGUUCUCCCUGGUGAUGGGCUGCGGCCGCCAGCCCUCCCCCCACAUCGACACCCAGGUCCGCCUGGAGUUCUCCACCAACCACGGCCUGACCUGGCACCUGGUCAAGGAGGCCUGCCUACCAGGGAUGCCCAGCUGCUCUGAGUUCACAGCCCCCAGUGUAUACCACCCCUCUGAGUUCAGAGACUGGAGACGCGUCACCCUGCCCCUGCCCCAGAAGACCUGGUCUAGUGCCACGCGGUUCCGCUGGAUUCAGAACUACUACGGGGAGCAGGACGAGUGGGCCCUGGAUGACAUCUACAUCGGCCAGCAGUGCCCCAGCAUGUGCCACGGACACGGCUGGUGUGAUCACGGACACUGCAGGUGUGAUGACGGCUUCUCAGGGACCGACUGCCAGCCCUACAUCCCGCUGUCCUCCAGCGUGCUCUCGGACUUCGAGUCCCAGGAUGCACUGCUCGCCACGUGGCAGGAAGUGAUCGGUGGAGAGGUGGUGACCCCGGACAUGGGCUGCGGGGUGGUCUCCUCCGGUUCCUCCCUGUACUUCAGCAAGGCUGGGCUGAGGCAGCUGGUGAGCUGGGACUUGGACACGGAGUGGGCGGAGUUUGUGCAGUUCUACCUGCGAGUGGGCGGAGACUGGGCGGAGUGCAACCAGGCGGACAGCCGGGAGGAAGGGGUGCUGCUGCAGUACAGCAACGACGGGGGCAUCAGCUGGGGCCUCAUCGCCGAGAUGUACUUCACUGACUUCACCAAGCCACGCUUCGUCCACUACGAGCUGCCUCUGUCGUCCAAGACCCCCUCCACCCGCUUCCGCUGGUGGCAGCCCCUGCACUCGGGGGACGGCUACGACCAGUGGGCCAUCGACGACGUCAUCAUCCUGUCGGAGCGGGAGAAGCACAUCAUCCCCAUGGCCAACCCCACCCUGCCCCAGAACUUCUACGAGAAGCCGGCGUUCGACUACCCCCUGAACCAGAUGAGCGUGUGGCUGAUGCUGGGGAACGAGGGCAUGGAGCGGGACAGCAACAACAGCUUCUGCACGCCCACGCCCUCCGCCAUGGUGUUCGGCCGCUCCGACGGGGACCGCGUGGCCGUCACCCGGGACCUGGUGCUGCGGCCGGGAUACACCCUCCAGUUUAAGCUGAACAUCGGCUGUGAGCCGGACUUCAGCACGUCGGCCCCGGUGCUGCUGCAGUACUCCCAUGACGCGGGCCGCACCUGGGCCCUGGUGAAGGAGGGCUGCUACCCGGGCAGCCCGGGCGCGGGGGGCUGCGAGGGCAGCGGGCGCGAGCUCCGGGAGCCCAGCGUCUACAACACGGGCGACUACGAGCAGUGGACCCGGGUCACCGUGCUUGUACCGCGCAACGUGGCAGCCAGCAAAACGAGGUUCCGCUGGUUCCAGGAGAGCAGCCAGUUCCGGGACGCCCCCGCCUUCGCUCUGGACGGGGUCUACAUCUCCGAGCCCUGUCCCAAUCACUGUGGGGGGCACGGGGACUGCAUCUCCGGCGUCUGCUUCUGUGACAUGGGGUUCACAGUGGAGCAGGACAGCUGUGUGCCGGCGGUGGCCAGCCCCCCUGAGCUGUCGGAGGGCUUCGAGGGGAAGCUCAGUCCCCUGUGGCAGACCCUGAGCGGGGGUCAGGUCGGCGGGGGCUGCGGGACCAUCAGCGAGGGCAAGGCGCUCUACUUCAGCAGCCCCGGGAGGCGGGAGGCCCGCACCGUGCCCCUGGACACCACCAACACACGGCUGGUGCAGUUCUACAUCCGGAUCGGCAGCAAGAGUCUAGGGCCCACCUGCACACGCCCUCGCUCACGCAACGAAGGCGUGGUGGUGCAGUUCUCCACCAACAACGGCGUCAAGUGGCAGUUCCUGAGGGAGCUGGACUUCGGCUCCUUCCUGGAGCCCCAGGUGGUGACCAUCGAGCUGCCCCCCGCCGCCAAGACCCCCUACACCGUGUUCCGCUGGUGGCAGCCCCAACAGGGAAAGCACUCUGCGCAGUGGGCGCUGGAUGACGUCCUGGUGGGCAUGAACGACAGCUCCAGGACGGGCUUCCACGACCGCUUUGACGGCAUCGCCCCCCUGCGGCACAACUGGUACCGCAUCCAGGGAGGGGAGGUGACCGUGGACUGCCUGUCCCUGGACACGGCGCUCACCUUCAACUCUGAGGCUAUUGACAAGAAGCCCCGGUACGCAGAGAGCUGGGACUUUGAGGUCUCCGGCUCGUCCUUCCUGCAGUUUGAGAUCAGCAUGGGCUGCAGCAAGUCCACGUCCUUCUCCCACGGCGUGCGGCUGGAGUACUCCACCGACUGCGGCCGCCACUGGGCCCUCAUCACGCCCGAGUGCGUGCCCCCGGCCAUCGGCUGCGCGGGCUACACCCAGAGCUCCGUCUACACCUCCACCCAGUACAAGCACUGGAGGAGGGUCACCGUCUACCUGCCCAGCGCUGCCAAUUCCCCCAGGACCCGGUUCCGCUGGAUCCAGACUCACUUCACCCCGGGGGCGGAGGGCUGGGCCCUGGACAACGUGCUGCUGGCCCCCGGCUGCCCCUGGAUGUGCUCCGGCCACGGUCUGUGUGACAACGGACGAUGUGUGUGUGAUAAGGGCUACGGAGGCAGCCACUGUGUGCCCCUGGUGGCCCUGCCGUCGGUGCUGAGGGACGACUUCAACGAGAACCUGCAGCAGGAGACGUGGCCGGAGGUGUACGGGGUGGAGCGGGGCACGCUCAGCGGGGAGCCCCUCAAGUCGGGCACCGCCCUCAUCUUCAAAGGGGACGGUCUGCGAAUGCUGGUGUCCCGGGACCUGGACUGUACCAGCACUCUCUACAUCCAGUUCUCCUUUAAAUUCAUCACCAAAGGGGUCCCGGAGCGUUCCCACUCGGUCCUCCUGCAGUACUCUGUGAACGGGGGCAUCAGCUGGCUACUGCUGGACGAGUUCUACUUCCCCACCUCCACCGACACCCUGUUCCUCCACCUGCCACUGCCGGCCAGCGCCCAGAGCAACGCCACACGCUACCGCCUCUGGCAGCCCUACAACAGUGGCAAGAAGGAAGAGGUGUGGGUGAUCGAUGACCUCAUCAUCGACGGCAGCGCCAUCCACAACCCCCCGGUGGUGGCGGACAGCUUCGAGGACGGCCCCACCGACUCCAACUGGCUGUUCUACCCCGGGGGCAACACGGGCCUCUACUGCCCCUACCGGAAGAGUGGCCUGGAGGAGGAUGAGUCGGCCAUGGUGUUUGUCUCCAGCGAGCUGGGAGAACACUCUAUCACCACCAGGGACAUCGACGUCAACGAGAACACCAUUAUUCAGUUUGAGAUUAACGUGGGCUGCACGGCCGACAGCUCCUCCAACAGCCCCGUGCGUCUGGAGUUCUCCCGGGACUUCGGGGCCACGUGGCACCUCCUGGUGCCGCUGUGUGCAGGCGGGCCCCAGCCCUCGUCCCUGUGCUCCACGGAGCUCCACCCGGCCAGCAUCUACUACCCGGGCACCACCCAGGGCUGGAGGAGGGAGCUCGUCCACUUCGGCAAGCUGCGCCUCUGCGGGUCCGUGAGGUUCCGCUGGUACCAGGGCUUCUACUCCCCCGGCUCGGCCCCGCCCACCUGGGCCCUGGACAACGUCUACAUCGGCCCCCAGUGCCAGGACAUGUGUAACGGCCACGGGGGCUGCGUCGGGGGGACCCACUGCCUCUGUGACCCCGGCUACUCCGGGGCAGACUGCUCCGUGCCGGACACCCCCAACCCCGACUUCCUGAAGGAGGACUUUGAAGCAGGUAUGGUGGCUACUGAGCGCUUCCGACAGCUGAGCGGGGGUAAACCCUCCAGGAAGUGUGGCAUCAUGUCCAGCGGGAACCACCUGUUCUUCAGCGAGGACGGCCUGCGCAUGCUGGUCACCAACGACAUGGACCUGUCCAACGCCAGAUUCGUGCAGUUCUUCCUGCGUCUGGGCUGUGGCAAGGCUUCCCCGGACCCCCGCUCCCAGCCCGUGCUCCUGCAGUACUCGGUGGACGGGGGGCUGACCUGGGGCCUCCUCCAGGACUUCCUGUUCAGCAACAGCAGCAACCAGGCCCGUCUGGUGGCUCUGGAGAUCCCGCUGCGCGCACGCACCGCCACCACGCGCUUCCGCUGGUGGCAGCCCUCUGAGAACGGACACUUCUACAGCCCCUGGGUCAUCGACCAGGUGGUAGUGGGUGGCAGUGCCAGUGGGUGGGGUCCGCUGGAGGAUGACUUCUCCUCCAUCGACGGGCGCUCCUGGCUCCUGCACCCCGGGGGAACCCGCAUGCCCGUGUGCGGCUCCGACGGGCCAGCCUUCGCCUUCAUCGAGAAGUCCAACACGCGCUACGCCGUCACCACCGACAUCAGCCUGGGCCAGGACGCCUUCAUCCAGUUUGACUUCUCCGCCUCCUGCUCCGUCACCAACUCCUGCUACUUCAUAGAGCUGGAGUUCUCCCUGGACCUGGGCCUGACCUGGAAGCCUCUGGUGAGAGACUGCCUGCCCACCAGCCCUGACUGCUCCUCCUACACCCUGCAGAGGCUGCUGGUGGCCGACACCUACAACAAGUGGGGGCGUCUCACCAUGCCCAUCCCCUCCUACGCCAGGUCUCCGGCCACGCGGUUCCGCUGGUUCCAGCAGGCUCCGUUCGACAAGCAGCAGACCUGGGCCCUGGACAACCUCUACAUCGGAGACGGCUGCCCGGACAUGUGCUCCGGACACGGCCGCUGCCAGCAGAGCGCCUGCGUGUGUGACCCUGAGUGGGGCGGGGAGUACUGUGACGAGCCUCUGGCCCCGCUGCCCACCCAGCUGAAGGACAGCUUCAGCAAGGCCCCCUCCCUCAGCCACUGGACCCUGGUGACCGGGGGCAAGCUGAGCAGCGUGUGUGGGGCCGUGGCCUCCGGCGCAGCCCUGCACUUCAGCGGGAGCUGCAGCCGUCAGCUGGUGACGGUGGACCUGAACCUGACCAACGCAGAGUUCAUCCAGUUCAACUUCAUGUACGGCUGCAUGAUCCCACCUAGCAACCGUAACCAGGGCGUGCUCCUGGAGUACAGCAUGAACGGGGGCAUCAACUGGCACCUUCUGACGGAGAUCUUCUACGACCUGUACACCAAGCCAGGGUUUGUCAACGUUCUGCUGCCCCCUGCUGCCCACCAAGAUGGGGUGCGGGUGCGCUGGUGGCAGCCCCAGCACGAGGGCGCGGACCACAGCGACUGGGCGCUGGACAACGUGCUGAUCGCCGGCUCGGACACGCGGGCCCAGAUCUCCGACACGUUCGGAGGGGUGGCCCUGCCCAACCACGAGAGGGCCGCCGCCGACGCCACGGCCUCCGGGAAGCCGGCCCCGCCCAGCGAGCCCGAGGAGACCCCCAUAGUGAGCGACCACUGGCUGUUCUCUGACGAGUGCUCGGUGAAGCGUUUCUGCAGCUCUCCCGACGGCGUGAUGGUGUGCGGCAGCGAGGACGGCCGCGAGGUCUACGCCGUCACACACGACAUCGUCCCCGGCAAGGGCUGGGUCAUGCAGUUCAAGAUAGCGAUGGGCUGUGUGGAGCCCGAGCGUCCCGCCGACCGCCAGGUCCACAUCCAGUACUCGGUGGACUUCGGGGUGACCUGGAGGUACCUGGUCCCCCAGUGCCUGCCCGCAGACCCCCGCUGCGGGGGCCAGGUGUCCCAGCCCUCCGUCUUCUUCCCCGCCGAGGGCUGGAAGAGGGCCGUCUACUCGCUGCCCGACAGCCUGGCCGACACGGCGGUGAGGUUCCGCUUCUACCAGCAGCACUCGGACAUGCAGUGGGCCGUGGAGAACUUCUACAUCGGCCCGGCCUGUGAGGGCCACUGUGGAGGCCACGGGGACUGCCUGGACCAGCGCUGCCUCUGUGACCCGGGGUUCACCGGACCCAACUGCUACGCCAGCUCCGCCCUCAAGGCGUCCCUGAAGGAGCGGUUCGACUGGGAGGGCCGCACGGCGGGGCCCCAGUGGCAGGUGCUGGAGGGGGGCCGGCCCUGCACCGACUGCGGGGUGCUGGUGGAGGGAACAGCCCUGUACUUCGGAGGAGCCGAAGCCAGGCAGGCAGUCACCGCUGACCUCGACCUGCGCGGGGCCAAGUUUGUUGAGUACUGGGCCAGGAUCGGCAGUGAAGACAACAUGACCAUGUGUCACCGGCCGACCUGCCGCAGAGAGGGGGUGCUGCUGGACUACUCUACUGACGGAGGGGUGUCCUGGGCCCUUCUGCACGAGAUGGACUACCUGAAGUACAUAUCGGUGAGGAGGGACUACAUCGUGCUGCCGCAGGGCUCGCUCACCAACGCCACGCGCCUGCGCUGGUGGCAGCCCUUCACCAUCUCCUCCGGCCUGGCCUCGCCCACCCUGGAGAGAGCGCAGUGGGCCAUAGACAACAUCCUGGUGGGGGGGUCGGACAUCAACCCCUCCAUGCUGCUGGACACCUUCGAUGACGAGGGCGUGUCUCACGAGGAGAGCUGGAGCUUCUACCCCAACGCCGUGCGUACCGCCGGCUUCUGUGGGAACCCGUCCUUCCACCUGUACUGGCCCAACAAGAACCAGGACCACACGCACAACAUCCUGGCCACGCGGGAGCUCAUCGUUCAGCCCGGAUACAUCCUGCAGUUCAAGAUCGUGGUGGGCUGUGAGGCGGACACCUGUGAAGACCAUCAUUCAGUCCUGCUGCAGUACAGUAAGGAUGCCAGGUCUGACUCGUGGCAGCUGGUGCAGUCCGAGUGCCUGCCCUCCUCGGUCAACAAUGUGGGCUGCUCUCCCUUCCAGUUCCACGAGUCCACCAUCUACAGCCCCGUCAACAGCUCCACCUGGACCCGGGUCACCGUGCAGCUGCCCGACCACGUCUCCUCUGGGGCCACCCAGUUCCGCUGGAUCCAGAAGGAGGGGCAGGGGGAGCGCCACAGCUGGGGUGUGGACCACGUGUACAUCGGGGAGGCCUGCCCCGGCCUCUGCAGCGGCCACGGCUACUGCACCAGCGGGCUGGUCUGCAUCUGCGACGAGGGAUACCACGGCGACGACUGCUCCCUGUCCGGCCGCGACCUGCCCAGCUCCAUCAAGGACAACUUUGAGUCGGGGAGCGUGUCCCCGGAGAGCUGGCAGCUGAUCCAGGGCGGCGGCGUGGGCAGCGGCUGCGGCCAGCUGUCCCCGCACGCCCACGGCGACUCGCUCUACUUCAGCGGCUGCAAGAUGAGGCAGGCGGUCACCCGGCCACUGGACCUCACGAGAGCCAGGUACAGGUACUGCCAGCCCUCGCGUCCCUGCAUUCCGCUAGACGUUGUUGGACCGCUUGAAGGCGCUGUAAGCGAUGUUGUCGUUUUCUUUUUGGUCAACUUCCUGUCUUGCAGGAAGUUAGCUAACUUUGUUUGCAGUUAGCGCCCUCCUCCCUCC